AAUUUUUUUACGAGACCUUUAUUACAGAUAUUGAUGAACAUGUGAAAUAAGGUGGAAUUAAUAUUUUUUUACACUAAAGAAUCCAGGUCAAAUGUGUUUAAUACCGCUAGAAAUUGAGCGAUCGAUUAAAAAAUACUAUCUGUUCCUGUUACGCAGUAUUAGUCCCGUCAAGUGAAUACUUCUCACAGCUCUAGUAGUUUUUAAUUUAUCAUCUGUAUUCUGUGUGAUAUGUGCGUGCGGUACGUACGGCUUGACUGACGGCAGGCAAGCGAACGAACGGGAACGCGAAAAUAUCGAAAUAAUUCAGUUUUUUUCAAUUAUAAUCAAGUUUGUUAUAAAAACGGAUCGAAAUACGAUAGUUAAAAAAUGCUUGUAUCAUUAAUACUCGGUUGAUAGUGUUGUUCAGAGCCUUACGCCCCAUUAUCAGGCAAAAUGAGUAACUGGGCUAGAAGGAUGCAUCGGCGAGCUGCUACAUUGAGCAAUGUGGUUACGUCUUGCGGGCAUCCUAACUCUUUGCCAUAUCCAAGGAGAUUAGAAAAAGUGAAGUUUGGUGUUCCGCUCCACGAAGUUUGCAAGGACGAUAUUCCCGGACCCCUACUUGUGCUGAUACUGAAGUUGAACAAAGAAGCGCCUCUGCGGCGGGAUGUGUUUCGCGCGCCGGGUCAUCAGGGAGCCAUGAAGAAACUCAUUCAUUUCCUGCAAACCGGCCGCCUGGUCAAUGUGGACAAUUACUCAGUGUAUACUAUUGCAAGUGUGCUCAAAAAAUUCCUCAGAAAAAUCCCUGGUGGUGUGUUUGGCCGUGAUGGUGAGAUGCACCUGUUCACUGCAGUAGAACUUCCUGAGGAACAACAAGUCGAUGAAAUACGCAGAUUGCUCCUGUCGUUACCAGUCUGUACGCAGAGACUUCUGGUGCUGCUCUUCGGCACGUUUCGGGUGAUGGCAUCCAACGCUGAUAAAGCAGGUACAGGUAUGACAUCCGAAGCCCUGGGCGUGUCGGUGGCGCCAUCAUUUUUCCACUCUUGCGUGUCCGACGGGAAAACAGCCACAAUGGAGGACGUUCAAAGAUUCAAGGUGGCGACACGUAUAAUGCGUCAGCUGAUCGAGCAGUUCAGCGCGGGCGACCUGUUCGGGCGCGACAACUACGAGUACUACGCGCGCGUCACGGGACGCAUCCUGCGCGUUAAGGACGAGUGGAUAUGCUCCUUCAGAGAUCCCCCGCCGCCGAGGCAUCAUCGCGACCAAGAGGCUUAUGCUAGACAAUUGUCGUUGGAGGCUGAGAAAACUUGGCUUCAGUGUGAAUGCGAUCGCUGGGGAAACAAGUUUAAUUUAGAAGGUCUAACAAAAUCCGAGGAGUGUCAGUCGAUGCCGGCGCUGGCAGGGGGCGGCGGCGCGGGCGCGGCGGGCGGCGUGCUCGGCAUCAUACCCGAGCACAGCCUGCUCGACUCCUGCACCCGCCUGUCCAUCUCACUCGAGGAGAGCGUCUUCAAAGUAAUGGCUGUGUCCGUGAGCUCGUCAUCUCAGUCAUCCCGCAGCAACUCCAGCCCCCACAUGACGCUCGAGGAGUUGCGCGCCAUCAACAAAUACGCCGAGAGCACUAAGAGCCUCUCAUACUUACCACAGGUGGCGAGCGGCGCAGCUCGCGGCGUCGGUCCCGGCGCGCGCGCGUGUGCGGCGGCGGCGCCGCGUGCCGCGCCAGUCAACACUCCGACACUGAAAUCCCGCUCGCUCUCCAGCCUCGUCAAGUGACGGCCUGACUGCGCCACGCGCACUCCGCCGACGGGCCCUGCACCAGGUAACCUGCCUCGCCACCGGCGGCCGUGCGCGCAUAACACAACACGCGAGACAACUGAACAGCCGCUAUUUGUUUACGCAUAAUUAUCUAACUUGUGUCAAAUACACUGUUAGUGUAAGAAAAUUCAAAGAAAAUUGUACCCAGUUUCAAUUUGUGUUAUAUUCAAAUUCGAAAUAUUAAAAACGUUGUCGAAGACGUAGCAUUGCAUUCGUGAAACAUGAAUAAAAUAUUAUUCGUAAACAAAUAAUGCUCAUAGUCAAAACAGAAUUUGUUAAUCUCUGUGAAUCUCGCUACAACAUACCGAAUAAUCGUAGACAUUAGUUUCUUCAAAAAAUAGAGUGGUCUAAUUCAUGAGAAAAUGUUUGUAUUAGCACCUGUAUUCUAGACUUCGGGAAAGGCAUUUCUAUGAAAAUCUUAAUAUUCAAAUGCUUUCUAAAAUUUCUUUGUGAUUUUGAGGACACUGCCAUCUGAUACAACAGAAUUUGCUUUGUCUAUUAUAGAUGUUAAUACCCAGUGUCAGAAUAAUUGGGAGUUAAGAUUUUUAAGAAAUACCUUAAUUAAUGUGUGUCUCCGUCAGUAUUAUCUGUAGCACAUUUCUAACUAGCUUAGAGCGUGCCGCGAUUAACGCGCGCGAAAGUUUUCUAAUUAAAUUCGUGGAGUCAUGUGGGUGUUGUGCUGAAUUACUAAAAUAUAUGUGAUAGAUAGUAGUCUCGUGGAAUUAUCGAGUUUAUACAUUUUUAUAGCUGAUGUUGUAAGCUUUAGGCCAUUUUAUUCAUUUUUAGACCCCUUAAACGGUGUUAAUAUUUCUACAUGUCAUAAAAAGUUAUUAUAGAAUUUAUAUUCGACUGAUUUGUCAACCCAAAAUUUGAGCUCUCUAUUUUAUAAAAUUAAAAAUGAUUUGAUCUAAAUAAUGAAUACACAAAAUGUUUAAAUUCUAUGUUAGAUUUUAUCCAACAAAAUUAGGAUGUGUCAUGUUCAAGCAACAACAUCACAUUUUUUUUCUAAUUAAGAUCUACCACAAAAAUAAGCAAUCUUUUUCUGUGCCAUGGGAAAUGUACCUUCAUAAAAUGUUAGAUAUUUAAAAUUAAAAUGGAAUUAAUUAUCCCUUAAAAAUCCUAGCUAAGGACUAACAGCGCGUGUUGCCAAUGUCAAAUAAAUACGCCUAAACAUUCCUGUAUAUAAAUGUUAUAGUUAGUUUAAUUCUUAUUUAACUAAAGUUAUUAAGUUCCCGACUUCGAUGAGGUUAUAUCAUCACACUAGCAUAAAGAGCUUCACGAUUACUUUUCACUGUGCAUUUCUUUCUACCUCACUUACACUUAAUUUCUGCAGUCAUAAUUUUAUUACCUACACUGUAGUUAGUAUUUGAUACAUAUUAGAAUCAUGCCAAAAUUUACAGCUUACAUUUGGCUCUUGAAAAAUAAAUACAGGUGACCGCCAAAUUUGAGCCGAUUGAAAAGACUGAACUAUCUUUAGAAAAGUUUAUCUUAUCUAACGAACAAAUACGAUUGAAAUAUGCACAGAGCGCGUUUCGACGCGGCUACAUUCAGAUAUUGCAAUUAUAAUGUUGUCUAUUAUUAAAUAGUACAAAAUGACAUGCAGUUGUCGAUUUUUUGUAUAAUGGUUGUUUUGUAACUUUCUGUAAAUAUCUACAAUUGGAUCUUAAUAAAUUAAUAACAUAGGUGCUAGUUUAUUCAGAAAAGUCUUAUGAGAAUAUUCAUUUAGUUAUCAAACGUUGACAUUUAAAUAUUAUUUCUUUAUUUACAUCAUAGUUUUCACAUUAAAUAUAGGUAACUAUUAAAAUAUAGAUAAUUUUAUAAGUUGAUAGGACUCGCAAUGGAUCAAAUGUUUUUGUUAAAAUGUAUAUAUUUAGUUAUUAUUAGAAUAAUAUGUGGCAUUACAUGCACAUAAUUCGCACAUUUGUUUUUUUGUAAAAUGUACCUUUAAUUUGUAAGAUGGUAUUUUUAAGACUGUUUUAGGUUAAAUUGUUUCAAUGCAGGUCAAAAGCAGUUUUCGUUAUGUUAUGUAAUUGAUAAAGUCGUGCGUACACAUGUGGGCUUAACGCCUGCCGCUAUUGUAGAGGUUUGUGUAUCGAAGGCAGCUCAAAGUAAUUUUAUAUUCGUUGUGUAAUUACGUAUUCAUAAGUAUUAGCACUCGGCUAGUGGUUACAUUGCUGCUAUCCCACGGCUACAAUAUGGCCAUAUAAAGAAGUACUUUUUGUUAUAUUCGUUCAUUAUAUUUAUCCUCUUAUUAAAUUUUAUACCUGAACGAGGUAUUUGUUGUCGACUUUAGAUAGACUCAUUGUUAGGAUGAAUUGGCAACAAAUGGUCCCUAGUGCUGUAUACGAUCGUGUGGCCGCUGCUGUGAUCGUCGUGGUCGAGUGGUGGCACUAGUUGCCAAAUAUUAACCCUAAAUGUAAAAUUAAUACCUGGCUUGCAUUUUUGGAUUUGCACGUCCAAGUUCCUGUGUUCAUUGAUUAGCGUUAGGGGAAUAACGAAUGUCGUAGUUUAAUGUAGAUUUUGAGAUCGAAAGACUUGUUGUUGUUGUCAUCACAAUGAUUUACGAGCGCCGUACGACGAGCGACCUGCCAUCUUGUGAUAGCAAUAGCGACAAAACAGAUUGUUUUUGUAAAUCAUAAACAUUAGCUUAUAUUUUUCGUCUUUAUUCAAGUGCGUCCUAUUUUUUAAUAAAUUAACAUUUUUAAAAAGUAUAACAUUAUUAACUAAAUACUAGUAACAUUUUUGUACAAUAAUAUAAGUUGCUCUAAAGUUUAGAUACUAUAUUUUUUGACUUUAUAAGACUGUUUUAUAUGUUAUAAUUAUAAUUUAUUAGUAACACUCGAAUACAUUAAUGUCUUAUCAUUCCACCGACUUAAGUAUAACGACACCAGUUGCAUUUGAGUAUUAUUUUCUGUCAUAAAAUAUGUAACAGAUCUCUAAGCUUUAACAAAAUUAAACAGUGUUACUAGCAGUUUAAUACAUUGGUAGUGAAUUAAUGUUAAUUUUAUUAGGAAAUGUAACAGCCCCGUGAGGAAGUGCAACGUGUGGAGGUGCACAAUAUGUUUGUCGUAUUAAAUAUGGGAAUAAAUGAGAAUAUUCCUUUAGUAUUAUUAUAUACUGUAUUUUGCUUAUGUAAAUUCAGUUUGUAUUUUCACCAUUAUAUUUGCACAUUUUUUCUACACAAAUUAUAAAGAAUUACACAAGAAUAAAAAGUAUAACAAAUUA